CAACACCACCAAGAUAAGCACAAGAUAAAUAAAAAGAAAAAAUAGUCGUGCCCUACCUCUCCUACUUUUCGUCGAAAAGUGGAAAAUUUGUUAAUUUUGUGGCGUUUCUUUCAUUUGUAACAUCUGUAGCAAUAAUAUAAUUGUGUGCUCAUUGAAUCUAGCUUGCCCAAACCCCAAAAAAGUGUGGAUCAAUAGCAUGAAAUACAAUAGUGAAAUGACUGUUUCCCCUCUUGCUCAAUAGUGAUUGUUGUGAAUGGUGGUAUAUUAGUGAAACGUCUCCUUAUUAAUUUCUAAUCUGAAUCACUUAGACGAAGGAAAGAGCUAGAUCAUAAUGAAUUCUAACAGCCACAACCCACAUCCACAUCGUAGGAAUUCAUCUAAUUUUAAUAGGCAUACCAGUAACCACUCAAAUCGCCCUAAUCACAACAUGAGUCACCCUCACAACCACCAAAAAUGGCCCAACAGAUAUCCCAAAGAUUACAAUAGGGAGUUUGAAAAUAAUUUCAACAGGAGAGAGUGUUUGGUUCCUCCUAAUGGCAGCCCGAAGGAACCGAAUCACAUGCACAACUACCCCAAGAACCCGCAGUUGAGUCCUACUCCUAGAAAUGGUCACGCUCACUAUAAUGAAGCUUCCGGGUUUUGGAAUUAUUUUUGUGAUCUUUGUUUGGUAAAGAAGAUAUUGACCUUGAUGUCGGCCAACCUUGGCUCUAAUAACACAAAGGUGCCAGUGACUAUCCCAAUGAACCACGAAACGGUUUGGAGCUACGCCACAUCCCCCCACAUAUCUCUGUGCACAGUCCCGCCGAGCGCUCCACCACACAUGCACAACUGCCACCUGCACAACGUGUAUACCGGCCCGCCGCUCGUGCCACCUCAGUUCCCGCCGCCUGGCUGUCUACCACCCCCAGGCUGUCUUCCGCCCCCACCACCCCAGAGCUUUGGUCCCUUCGGAGCGACUGCCGCUAGCGCACUGCCAGUGCCUGCUCAACACUACGCUCAUCAACGGAUCCCUCAACAAAGACCUGACACCUUUGACUUGGACUUGCUCAGCGACCAUCACCACGCUCACGCCCACUCCGCCCUCCACGGACCCCCCUCUCUGCACGUGCCCCCCAUUCAGAUGUCUUCGCCGACGUCGCUCUUCCUCUCAACGGAGCCGCGCGGCGCCAACGCGUUGGAGCUCCUUCAUGCUCGCACUCGCCAGCACCGCAGGACCCGCUGGCAUCACAGCCCCCCGCUCAUCGCCGCCCCCGCGGGAGUUACCACCAUGAUCUCCAACUCUCCAAUGUCGCCGUACAGCCAGAGCAGCUCCGAUACGACUGAAACGGAGAACUACGAGGCGCUCCUCAACUUGGCUGAACAACUCGGCGAGGUGAUCCCGCGCGGGCUGAGCAAGUUGGAGAUUGAGCUUCUCGUAAGCUACAAGUAUGAUAAGGAAACACAUCAGGGGGAUCAGACUUCAUGCGUCGUCUGCAUGUGCGACUUCGAGGCGAGGCAGAUGCUUAGGGUGCUGCCGUGCUCGCACGAGUUCCAUGCCAAGUGCAUCGACAAGUGGCUGAGGUCGAACAGAACCUGUCCCAUUUGCAGAGGCAACGCGGCAGACUACUUCAAUACUAGCGAGUGAAUAGAUUUGUUUGCCUUCUUCACAAAUACCACUUUUAUAUUUUCAAAGGAAAAUACCGCAACAAACUCACCGAUCACAACGCUUACAGAUGAAUAAUUUACUUGUCAGGUGCCAUUAGUUGCCAGUAAUGAUACAAUGUCAUUCAAUUUCUAUUAAUAACUAUAGCAACUGUAAUAUUGAAAUUGUUAUUUUUAAGGUGUAUUUAACGUGCCGCAUUCGAUUUUCUAACAGACUAUAUUCGUUAUCCAGCUCAUAUCAUUUUAUUUUUUUAGUAGCUCUCUGAAUGGGACUUCCAUUGUUGAGUAACUUACUUUACAAUUUCAACAAUUGUCAUUGAAGAUUUCUUCUGAUUCUCACAUAAUUCCGAGCGCUUAUCAAAGUAUUAAUGGGCACAAACUAGAGCACUCUGGUGUAGCAGCAAUAAGGGGGAAGCAGAUAAUAUUUCUCGACAUUUUUCAUGAAAAGUUUUUUAAAGAGUUUGGCACGACUAUAACAACCAUUUUAUUUAAUAAAUACUUUAUUAUUUUUCAUAUAAUUCGGUACUUCAGUUUACACUCAUUAAUAACUUACUAGAAACGAAACACCUUGAAAAGCAAUUACUUCUUAUCUCUUGCUGAUUAGUCCCCAAAAAUGAAGAUAUAUUCAUAAAUACUAGCCAAGCAAGGUCGUAUAGCCAUUCAGAACUAUUCA